GGAAGACCUGUCAAGUACUCGAUAGUUUGGCAUAGUCAGCUGAUGGCAAAAUGCAAUUGAACGUUUUGUGUAAUAUUUCACGAAAUCUGUUGUAAUUUUUGUGCGCGAUCGUGAAAUUUGUUGAGAAUAAUCUGUUCGUAAUCUACUAAUCUUCUAUUUCAAGUUUCCAAAGGAAUAUAGAGGGAUUCAUAAGAUUUUUUAUAAUUAUUUACCUGAAGCAAAUCUAUCAAAAACAAAAUGCCUUUAAGUGCAGAUAUAUCUACAGCUCUUCAUUUAUUAGAGCAUGUGCAAGAAAGAGUAGAAGAUUGUAAUGAUCCGAAGCUACAAAUGCAUACUACUCAAGAUAUAAAAUCUUUAAUUUCUCUUCUGGAAGAUCCAGUAUUUCGUAGUAUAGUGACCAUUCAAGAUUCUCUGAUCGAAUUAAACACUCAACUAGGCCAGCAUCCAUCCAUUAUCCCUGGGGAUUUUGAUAUAAACAUCAGUGGACAACUUGAACUUUCUGUUCCUAGUACACCGGUACAACCACUUGGAUCAAAUGUAUAUCAAGAUCUAUAUCAAGAUAGUAGCGAACUAGAAGAUCAAAGAGUUCCAGUUGUUCCAUUGGUGCAUAGUAGCAGCGAAGAUACCAGUGCACAGGUUACAAGUCCAAGUCUUGUAUCUGAAGUUAUGGGAAUGCCUCCAAUUACAACAACAACAUAUGUUAAAGAAUUUAAGAAGGUAAUUGAAGCUGCAGCAAGAGGUCGUCAAGUGUUUACUGUGCAGUUAUAUAAACCAGAGGGUACUAGUUUGGGAUUUAGUGUGGUCGGUCUUCGCAGUAAGGAUAAAGGAGAGUUGGGUAUAUUCUUGCAAGAGAUACAACCAAAUGGCAUAGCUGGUUGCGAUGGCCGAUUGGUAGAGGGAGAUCAGAUAUUGGCGAUAGAUGGACAACCACUAGAUUCGAAUAUCUCUCAUGAACAGGCAAUCUCGAUCCUCCAGAAGGCACGUGGUCUGGUUGAGUUGGUCGUAGCAAGAAGCACUCAAGACGUUGGGAGCUCUUUGCCGACGGAUGAGUUGUCCGGAGCAUCGAGUUCGACAGCGGCCGCGGGAGCAGGUGUGUCCAUCAUCGGCGGCGUUGUCGGCGGGACAACGAACCAGGCCAGCUCCGACAAGGAUCAAUCGGUGUCCACGUCGUCCGUCGUCACACCGGGACCGACCCCCAAGUCCAGCCAACCGGCGAGCACCGCCUCGGCGGCAACGCCGACACCGACACCGCCGACCUCGACCCCGGUACCUGGAGGCCUCGUUGUCGAAAGGAGCCCCUCCGCCGUCAGCGACGCCUCCAAGAGUGGCUCUGACAUGGUGCUGAACACGGAAUGGGCACAAGUUGAGGUAAUAAAUCUGAUCAAUGAUGGCAGCGGUCUUGGAUUCGGAAUCGUGGGUGGACGAAGCAGCGGUGUUGUCGUCAAGACAAUCCUUCCAGGAGGUGUCGCCGAUCGAGAUAAUCGGUUGCAGAGCGGGGACCAUAUAUUGCAAAUCGGCGAUGUCAAUUUGCGGGGAAUGGGAAGUGAACAGGUUGCGGCAGUCCUGCGACAAUCCGGCACGCACGUGCGUCUCGUUGUCGCACGACCCGUGGAACCAACCUCGCCGGAUUACCAGGCACUCGGCAGCCACGCUCCGAUCGUACCAACCAAGAUUCUGGGUGACCCGGAAGAGUUGGAUCGUCACCUGGUGCACAGCGUGCCGGAGACGUACAACAUGCGCCACGUGCAGCCCGACAGCGCGUACGACAACGGCUUCAUGUACUCUCAGGAAUCUGACGUCGAGAUGCACGCAAGGCCAGGUCUCAUCAUGGACGUAGUACGCAACCCAAUGCCAAUUGGAACGAUGCCAGUGAUACCGACGGUUCCGGUGCAGAUCCCGGAGCUUCCGGUCCUCACCAUGGACACCAUUGAUGUUAACUCACUGCCAGAAAUGGAACGAUUCACCGUCGAGCUUAAGAAAGACAUUUACGGCCUCGGGAUUACCAUCGCUGGAUACGUGUGCGAGAAAGAAGAGUUGUCUGGCAUUUUCGUGAAGAGCAUCAGCGAGGGAAGCGCGGCAGACUUGAGCAACAAGAUUCAAAUAAACGAUAGAAUAGUGGAGGUGGACGGCCAUUCUUUACAGGGUUACUCAAAUCACGAGGCCGUGGAGGUGUUACGACGUACAGGGCAAACGGUAGUCCUUUGUUUGGAGAGAUAUCUACGUGGACCAAAGUACGACCAGCUUCAACAGGCAAUAGCGGCCAGUGAACUGAGACUACCUCAACCGAGCUCUCCAUCUAUCACCAGUUUGCCAAGCUUCCCGAUUAGCGCGGAUGGAGAAACUACUACUGAAAUAGAACCUGAAGGAGAGUCGCAUACAACUGUGGACAGCGCGAUUCUCCAGGAGGGUGAUCGCGAAAGAUCGUCGGAUGAAUUGGACGACGCUGCCAAUGUGGAAGCAUUGCUGAGCGAUCCAUCCAGCGAGCUUACGCCUCAAAUUCGUGCCGCCAUUAAGGCUAAAUGGCAGAAGAUCGUCGGUCCAGACACGGAAAUUGUGGUGGCGCAAUUGAAGAAAUUCGCGGAAGGCAGUGGCCUUGGAAUAAGUCUGGAAGGGACUGUGGAUGUGGAGAACGGGCAAGAAGUGAGACCGCAUCAUUACAUAAGAUCGAUCCUUCCGGAAGGGCCCGUAGGACAAAAUGGAACGCUUCGUUCCGGGGACGAAUUGCUCGAGGUGAACGGAUAUCGAUUAUUAGGUAUCAACCACAUGGAAGUAGUUAGCGUGCUAAAAGAAUUACCCAUACACGUUCGAAUGGUUUGCGGAAGAAACAUCGCCUCUCAGGAUCCUCUUUGCCCUAUCGACACUGCUCAACACCAAGCCGCUUUCCAAACCAGAAGUAUCCUUGGAGGAUCUUUGCAAAAUUUGCUACCAACGAUGGACCGUCUGGUGAAGGCAAAGUCUGACGGCUCGUUGGCGUCGACGACGACCACAGCUACGGUGACGGAUGCCAGUUUGAACAAGAUGAAAUCGCGAUCUUUGGAACCGUUAACUGGCCUGGCGAUGUGGAGCUCCGAACCGCAGAUCAUCGAAUUGGUAAAGGGAGAACGGGGCCUUGGGUUCUCCAUUUUGGAUUAUCAGGAUCCAAUGAACCCCAACGAAACUGUGAUAGUAAUAAGAUCACUGGUGCCCGGUGGCGUGGCUCAGGUCGACGGGCAGCUGAUACCAGGAGAUCGUCUUCUAUUCGUCAACGAUAUCGCCCUGGAGAACGCGACGCUGGAUCAGGCGGUGCAGGCGCUCAAAGGCGCCCCCAAGGGCACCGUGCGGAUCGGUGUGGCCAAGCCGUUGCCCAUUCCAGACAGUAUUGUCCAGAGGGUGCCGCCAAUUUGUCCCGUGAGACGCAGCAAAAGCUUCCCAAACGAGAGCGAGACGACCGAUCACGCAGCCGAGCUCGAGGACUUCCUCUCCUCCAGAUCAGGAGUGACGGAGCUCUCGAUGGACAAACCAAAUGGGAUAGAAUCCGAAGAGGAGGAGGAGGAGGAGGAGGAUCACUGGAAAGACGCAUCGCCCAUCACGCCCACUUGCAGUCCCACCAAGCACCCGCCCAAAACUAUCGAAACAAGGACGAAAACGGUGGAAGUCGAGGUCCACGACUUCCAACCCACCAGCCCUCUCGAAGGAAAGGACGUGAUCAUCAUCGACAGCAGCGCCACUCCCCCUAGCAAGAAGAUGGCGAUGAAGCGAGAAUCGACAGGCGUGGAGAAAGUAGCGCCGAAAGUGAAAUUAAAGAGAGAGCAGGUGAUGGAGGCGGACGAGCCGAGAUCGCGAAAAGUGCCUGGGAUCGUGGCUGGACCAUCGACGCACGUGGAAAAAGAAAAGAAAAGGGUAUCGACGACGAGGGAAGCAGCGACCAGUGACUCGUUGCCGGACAGAGGCGCCAAGAAGAAGACGCUGACCAGGGAACAAGACAGAAGAUCCUCGAGGAGAAAGAUCGAGGAGGUGGACGAAUCUUUGGUGACGGAUGUCGUGUCGAGGGGAGGGGAGUUGGACGAGGGAUCCAGGAGGAAAAGGGGGGAUGCGGAAGAGGCGACGAUCAUGAGGAGCAGGGAGGAGAGGAAGAGCCUGAGGGAGCAGGAGUGCAUCGAGAGAGUGACGGAAUUCCUGACCAAGCACAGCGUGUUGACCUAUCCGGAACUAGCUCUAACAGGUGAACAGGAGGAGGAGGAAGCGAAGCCACCGCCAGAUGGCGACGCCAACGUUGUCACGCGUUCCCCAUCCAAUCUCAUGGAGAUCCAGGAAGCAUCGAUUCGAGGAGCGAUCGAAAGCUCCUCGAGAGAGGAGCCUCCCCUGACGAGAACGAGAAGCGUGAAGAGAACCGAAGAUGGAUCCGCGAGGGCUCUUCUUCCAUCCCCGUCCACGGAGAAACCAGUUUCCACGCGGACAGUUGGCAAAGAAUUGGCCGUGACACCUGGCAAGCCUCCAGAAACUCGGGAGGAGGUUGUCAAAACAACGAUCCAACAGUCGAGUUGUCCAACGGAGGCAGACGUUCCGGCGACGAAACGUCGAAGCUCGAUGAGAAAGAGGCCUGGAACAUUUUCCAGGGAAUCGUCAAGGGAAUCUUUGUUGGACGACACGAAGAAAGAGGUGAGGAUACAGGAGAACGUGGAGGAGUUCUUUUUCGAGGACACUAGCGAGCAGAUGACCGGUAUUGUUCCGGAAGUACAGUUGGUCAAGGCCAGGAUAAUCACAGCGGAGGAGGCGGCGGCGAAUAGGAUAGAGGAGGCGAUGAGGAUCGAGGUCCACUCGCCACCGGAAGUGGCGGUCGUCAACACCGACUCGGUCAGAGUGAAGAGCGGAAGGGUUCCAUCGCCGGAAACGGUGGACAUGUCCCAGUUGCAAUUGAUCAGUUUGGCAAAAUCGACGUCCGAGAAUACGUUGAUCGAUACGGUUGGCGAUACGGAGGAGAACAAAGUUUCCGAGAGGAAUAUCAAGGCUGAGAUUUUGCUGGAUCUGUCCAAGGUGACGGACGUUGGGGGCGAGGGGGAGGAAUCGAUGGAGGGAGAGAAGAAGGACAGAAGGUUGAGCAGAACAGGGAGCGAGGGGUCGAAGAGGAGCGGGUUGAAAGGUCAGGGGAGAUUGAGGGAGAGGGACGAUUUUAAAAUCGGAAGUUUGGCGCAACCGGAUGAACCGGAACUCACAAUAUUGCUGGAGAACGAGAGGAGGAGGAACAUUGACGAGGACAGAGACAGUUUGGUGGAUUUCGGCGUGGAGAAAGUAAUUAGGAGGGAGCCUGACCAACAACCAACAGUCGAGGAGGUUCCAUCGUCGUCGAGGAGGCCGACGAGUCUUCAAACAUCAACAAGGAGGCGAGAGUUGGAGGAGGAACGUGAGGAGGAGGAAGCGCGAGAUCGGACCCGGGUAGAAUCGAGGGAUUAUGAAUCGAGAGCCGGCCGGGAGCAGAGACGUCAGCUGCUCGAGGAAUCGUUCAGGGCUCAGGAGGAGGACAGCAGUUUGAUCAGCAAGGAACACUCGUUGGAGUACCAGAGCCAGACGCUCGAGAGUCAAUCGGAGAGUCAUCUGUUGCUCUCUGCCUCGUUGGAGAGCCUUCUCAGAUCGGCCCCUGACAGCUGGCCAGGGAGCCAGCACUUGGACAGAAGCGAGGGAUCGGAGCGCAGCUUCAAAGGAACCCAGUACUCGCCCAAGGAGAAGCAGGACGCCCAGACCCAGACCGAGCAGGAGACAAAGAGCACCCAGUGCAGCCCGGAGCAGGCAAGCAGCCCUACUGGCGAGGAGGAGAUCCUGACGGGUGAAAGCCCGUCCCGGGUUGCGAGGAAGUAUCAUCAGAGCCCGAGACGCGAGGUCGAGACCCAGACCCAGGGGGAGAGCAAGAGCGUGCAGUGUUGCCUGGACGAGUUGGGUGGUUUGUCAAGGGUGCCGCCGGAAUUGGGCGAAUCUGAAUUCGACAGCCCGUCCAGGUCGGAGAGGAAGGAGUCGAAGAGCGUUCAGUGCCUUCCUAGUGACAUUCCAAGCGUGGUCGGUGUCUCGAGGUCGGUGGACGGUGGCCAAUCAUCGUUGAAUCACGAUCAAAAAGAGGCGAAGACACGUAAGGAGGUCGAGGUUCAAACUUAUCAGGAGUCGAAGGCCAUCCAGUGCAGUGAUGACGAGCUUCUAGACGGUGAAUCGUUGGGUGGUAUAGAAGAGGGCUUCAAGAGGAGGCAGAGGGGAGGAGGUAGUUCCGGGUCGUCGAGCUGCGGCUCGCUUUGCGAGCUUCCUACGUUGGUGUUCGUUGACGAGAAGAUAGACAUGACGGUCACGCACAGGGAUCACGAUGGAAACGUGAGCUGGUCGAAGCAUUGGGGGCCAGAGAGGUUGGUGGAGAUCUACAGGGAGCCGAAAACUAGUCUUGGGCUGAGCAUCGUUGGCGGAAAGGUCGAUCUGCACAAUGGCAGCUCCAGCAAGUCACAGAACAUAUCCGGGAUAUUCAUAAAGAAUGUGUUGCCGAACAGUCCAGCCGGAAGGACCGGCGAGCUGAAGAUCGGGGAUCGAAUAAUCGAGGUCGAUGGCGUGGACCUGCGACACAGCACGCAUGAGCGGGCGGUUGAGGUCAUCCAAGCCGCCGGAAAUCCUGUCUGCCUUCUCGUCCAGUCUCUGGUGCACCUGAACAACGAGCACGGAGGUGAGGGGGAGGAAAGAAGGCAGAACGCUAGAAGUCCGAGAUCGGCCGGUACACCCACGGCGCCCUAUUCUUCCUUAGAGAAGGGAGGACCAGUCUCGCCUGUUAGGUCCAUCACGCCGGAAGUAAUACAGGGAGGAAUCGAAGACGGGGAAAGGCAAAGUAGCUCAAGAUCAGAUUUCAAAAGGCAGAGUACAAAAGCUUCAGAUGGCGCGGGAUCCAGCACGCGAAGAUCCUCCAUGAAAAAGUCUAUGCGCAAGAAGGCGCCAUCACCGCCUUCCAAUCCAGGAAUAUUGCGAGAGGUGAGCGAGGAGAAAGAGGAUAAUGCGUCGAGACCGGAAAAUCCGCCAAGACGGAAGUAUUCCUCGGACGAGAGCUCCGAAGAGGAGGAUGUGCGCGAGCUCGAGGGUAACGUUUACACGAAAGCUGGUAUAGAGAUUUCGAGGAAAAGCGCCGGAAAUGUGAAACGUAGCAAAGCGGAAAUUGAAGCGGAUCCGGAGAAGGAGGACGAGUUCGGUUACACGAAUAUGAAAAUACAGAAGAAAUAUCAGUCGUUGGGGCACAAGGUGAUACUGGUUCAAGUGGAGAAGGACAGGCGUGGUCUAGGCAUCUCAUUGGCUGGGCACAAGGAUCGAAAUCGGAUGGCAGUGUUCGUUUGUGGCCUUAAUCCAAAAGGGGCAGCUCACAAAACUGGCGAGAUUUCAGUCGGCGACGAGAUACUUGAGGUAAAUGGCUGUGUUCUGCAAGGGCGAUGCCACUUGAACGCAUCUGCCUUAAUUAAAGGAAUGGCUGGCACGUCUUUCAAAAUCAUCGUUUUACGGAGGUCUGCUGCCCUUAACGACGUCGCUGUCAAGCCCAUUGUUCAAUUCCCCCCGACAUUAGACGACUCUGACAUGUUCAACCAGUACAAAGGAGUUCGCAAUAUACCAGUGAAAAAGGGCCAGUACGGACUUGGAAUAAUGAUCAUCGAGGGAAAACACGCGGAAGUCGGCCAGGGUAUAUUCAUUUCAGACAUUCAGGAAGGCAGUGCCGCGGAGCAGGCCGGUUUGCAAGUGGGUGACAUGAUUCUUGCUGUCAAUAUGGAUUGUCUGUUGGGCUCGACUUACGACGAGGCCACGAGUCUUCUGAAGAAGGCAGAGGGUGUGGUGACGCUCACAGUGUGCAAUCCUAAUCAAAGCAAAGUCGCUAAAGAGGAGGAGGACAGGGCGAAAGGCAUUCUACCGCCAGAAGCUGAACAGAAAAAAGAGCCAGAGAAGCCACCGGAACCGGAACCACCGCAAGAUCCGAAAGACUGUAAGAUAGCGUCUGGAAGGGAUACAACGAUAGAGUUCCAGAAGGACAAGGACAAAGGCAUCGGGUUCAUUAUAGCUGGUGGAUCUGACACGCCGUUGAAAGGGGUGUUCAUCGUGGAAGUGUUCCCGGACGGUGCGGCCCACAAGGACGGGCGAUUGCAAGCUGGAGACCAGAUACUGGAGAUAUGCAGUCAGAGCUUCAAAGAGAUAGAGCACGACGAGGCGCAUGCCGCCGUGUUGAAAGUUUCAGGAACUAUCACGAUGGUGGUGCACCGGCAAGAGAAAGGGGAGGAAGAAAUCGAGGUCGAAUUGCAGAAGAAGUCGGGAAAAGGGGCUGGCCUUUGUUUGACGGGAUACAAAAGUGGGAAAGGGGCAUAUGUAUCGGACCUGCUGCCUGGCGGUAGCGCCUUGGAAAGCGGAAAAAUCUGCAAAGGCGAUCGAGUGGUGGCAGUCGGUGGCCAGGAUGUACGCGAAGCUCCGGUAGAGGACAUAGCGGUCCACGUGAAAGUUUCUAACCCGGUGCAAUUGAAGCUGGCCAGGUUCAAAUCCGCUAAGAAAUGACAGGGUUCUGCAGGCGGAACUCGAAAGGCGAGAAUUCGGGCGGCGAUCCCCAUCAGACACCACGGACUCUAGUGUGAUAUAACUGACUAUAUCAAAGUAAUUAUAAAUACUGUUUAUUACAUGUAAGUAAUCCUAGAAGAAAGAGCGAGAGAGCGAGAGAGAGAGAGAGAGAGAGAGAGAGAGAGAGAGAGCGAGAGCGAACGAGUGAAAGAGAGAGAGAGAGAGAGAACCAAAGGACGCGAAUCCAAAAAUGCAAUCGUAAAAAUCGUAAAAAAAAAACUCUUUACAACUACUCUUAGGAACUCGAAUCAUUUCGGAUCUUGUUUAGCAACAAAGGGAUAUAAAUAAUUAAAAAAAGAAAAAAAACGAAAUUUCGAGUCUCGCGCGAUUUUAUAGUAAAAGAAAAGAAAAGGAGAAAAAAAA